GAGACGAGAAAAUACGAGAAUUACAAAAUGGCUAGCAGAAGUCCAGGAGGAUUGGAGUGGUCGAUCAGCAUUAAACCGUUGCUGAUCGCCCCCAGUGCCUCGUUAGACGUAGAAAUUCUUCCAAAGUUUUGUAAAUCUAUCACUCUAAGUGAAAAUGACAUUCUUGGCCAUGGAGAUCAAUAUGAGCAAUUCUACUCCUCCUUUGUUGCCCUCGCUUCACAUCACCUGAGUUCUUGUGCAGGAACAGUAGCAGGUUCCUUCUUGAGUGAUGUAUCCAAUGCCUGUAGAGUGUUACUGAAAUAUCUACUGAACAGACUGCAGCAUCACAACGAUGGGUGUGCACUCUCACAGAAAAUCUUGAUGAUGUUGAUCAAAGCCUUAUGCACAGGAACAUGCAGUCUAGGAAAAGCAGAUGUGUUGACAUUUUGUGCCAUGUUGAGAUCCUCUAAUGCACCCUUGACUAUAAAAGAAGUAGACACAGAGGAAGAACAAGUUCAAAGGGAACAAGUGCGACCCAGACUUGACACAGGAACAGAUAUAUUUGACCAGCUGACAUCAGUCUUUGGAGAGCUUAGUGUUGGUACACCCAACAAACUUGAUCCAACCCAAGAGACAGUUUUAUCCGGAGAUAUUAAUGUACAGUGUGGUGGAACAUCAUCAGAAGAAAUCAAAUUAGCUUUUGCUAAGAGAAAUGUAGCUAACCUUCUUCAGCUGGAUGGAUCCAAUAUCCUUGUUGAUGUUUGCACAAAUUUGACAUUUUUGGAGAAGUACUCCCAGAGAUGUAAGGAUGCUCUCAAUGGAGCUACUUUUGUGAUGCCCUGUACAUUGUCUGAUGCCCUUACCACAAGGAACAGCUACCAAUUCCUUCUAAAUGAGAUCUCUAUCAUUUGGAGAGCCUUCUCUCUGCCUGUGCUGGAGCCAUUGACCCCACAGAGACUGGAGAAGAUUAUCUCUAUCACACUGACCUGUCUGUAUACAUCAGUGACGGUGGCCAUGUCUAACACAGUCAUUAGUCUGACCAACCCCCAACCUACCAAACCCACUACCACCAAGGAUGAAGAAAUCGACAAUUAUGGAAACUGCAUUGUUCAAAAAUCUCUGGAAAUAUUCAAUGCCAUUUCACAUGCUAUAAAGAAUUCAACUAGAGCAGGAGGAAAUGUGACCCAGAAUCUGAACUGCCUGUCAGCCUGGCUGAUACUGAAUGGAAUCCAGCAAGUGUUGGCUCUAACACCAGCCACCAUUCUGGAAAGAAAGGACUCCACAAAAGCAAAGGGACCAUCAGAUGGGGGUCAAAAAGCAAGAGAUGGUUCAGCUACCAAAUUAUCCAGUGGAAAGAGCACAUCUCAAGGCUUUGGAGUUCUGUCAGCGGCCCUAUGCUCCAAGGCUAUCCAUUUACUCAAAGAAUUACUAGAUGACUUGCAGAUAGAAGGAUUUCUAUCAGACUCUGGUGACAAGAGACCUGGGUCCCAGAAGAUGGUCAUCCCAGUGACAUCUCAGAUGACUGCAAGCUCACGAGUCAGCAAACUCAUGGCUAACUUGCCAGUCAUUGAUCUGCUGUUCAGUCUUGUGACAACAUCAUUCAGAAAGGCAUCAAUGUUGAAAAGGCUGAAACAAGGUUCAGAGGCAUCUGAAUCAAGCAGCAGUAGUGCCUCAGACACCAACACAUUUUAUGAGGAUGACUUUAGCAGCCCUGAGGACAGCACAGAUGAGGAUGAGGACUCUGAGCCUCUCCUAGGACAGUGGCUGGAGGACACCUUGUCUCCUCUGGAAUCUGUUGAAACAAUUGCCCCUCCCCCUGUCCCUGCUCGUUCUGAUGCUCAAGGAGAGGGCAAACGUUCCAGAAAAAUCAGUACAGAGGAUCCAUCCACACUUAUACCAGACAAGAAGGAUCCUCAAGGGUUUGUCACUUUGGCCUCCGAUAUCUUGAAUUUCCUAAGUGUUUACUUCAUCAAUACACCAGACAUGGAAUUGCAAAAGCUGAUCAAAUCUACUCUCAAUGAAGAUCACAUGUCAAACUUGGCUAUCUUGAUCAGAGAACUAGAUAGAGAUUGUAUCAGAAUUAGCAAUGGGAAAACAUAUGACAGCUUGUCAAUGGCCCUAGCAAAAUUCAACCAUGGCAUGAUAUCAACUGGGGUCCUUUCCAACAAUCUACAGGAUGCUCUAUUGCUACACUUGGGAGUGAGCCCACAGGCAGUGGACCACUGGCCAACUACCCUGCUACCACGAACACUAGCUGUAUUGGCUGAAAUUCUCCUCCUGAAGCAGCAAAAGGAGAGGGAAGCAAAGCAACUCAAAAGUCAGAGUGAAGCGGCUGUUAUCAACAUCUGGAAUAGGUUCAUUACCACCCUGAAGUCUCUGAUGAUCUACAAUGAUGGCACAGAGAAUUAUGAAGAUAUUAAUGUAGAGCACCUGCAACUGUUGUUGUUCCUUUUCCACAGCUUACCAUUGAUGCAGAAAAAAUCUCUGUUGUUGUUUCUUGCACAAAAUAUCAUUGCUGUAGCCAAAAUAGACAGCAGCAAACUGUGUGACAUGAACCCACUACCCCUGACAAAGAUGUUGCUGGUGCUGGAGUACCUGCUUCAUUAUUUCUAUGAUCCUCCCGCCGAGCUCCUAGAACAGGUGCGCUGGAACUUGUUCACCACCUUCACAGUUUCACACAGUGGGGAUAGCGGACGGCACCCUAGUACAAAGUUUUUCCAGUGUAGAGAAGUUGAAGAGAACUACCGUCGAGGUUUAACAGCUAUAGAACCUUCAGACUCCAAUGUUCAGGCCCCAAGAUUUUUCAACCUGGGUCCAGUUGAUUUGAAUAUACAGGACGCUCCAAAAGUUGAUGGAUUAGCUUGCAGUUUCCUGCUCUCUAAUGCUGAUGUAAUGGACUACAAUGCACUCUAUGAUGCAUGCAUCAUCUUACUGAGCACAGGGAGUAACUGUGAUAAGAAUCAGACCAAGUUGUCACUAUUGGAUACAGCUGCCAUGCAUUACCACUUUCUGAUCACCUGGAGGUUACUGGCCUGUCUCCCGCCCUCCAUACAGUACCUACAGAUGUUGGAGAAUGGCAUCACUCACAUGGACAACAGCUUUCUGCUGCACACCCUCCGCUGGGCCCCCCGACUCUCUCACAAAAUCUUCACCAGCUGGAUGAAGGAUUGUUUGGUGAAACAAGGAAUGACCACACAAGAUGCAGACAGUCUGAUUACUGAGGCCAAUAAAUCCUCCAACAAUGCAAGCUUUGAUGUCCGCUUGGCCGUCAAGUUCUUGAAAGAACAUAUGAGGAGUUUGAGAAUGUCAAAUCCGAGGGCUGUUCUUCCUAUCACAGUGCUACCAGGUGUAAAUGACAUUUUGAUACUGGAUUCAGUGAUAGCAAAGCUACAGCUUAGCCUGGAAUACACCUACACUAAAGCUAUGGCAGAUAUAGAUCCAUCCACAGCCAUGGAUAUUGCCCAGGAAGUUGUUUCCCCAGUACUGAGGUUGAUAGAGGCUUACACUGUGUUUGCAAGAUCCUGCAUCCUUGGUCAGCUCAAACACACAGAUGACACUGAGCAGGACCUGACAGCUGAACACCUGGAGGCCUAUGGGGUCAUUCUAAGCAUCGGCUCCAGCCGCCCCUCUAAAGUAUCGGUGCUGGCCUCAGAGAUCAUGUCAACACUACCCAGAUCAGUGGCCGGGGCACUUGAACAGUGGAACACUGACUCUAAAAAUAAUUUCCCCAGUCCAGGGGCCUGGACUACUGCAUUUGGAAAUGACAUUAUUCCUGUUGAAAGCUACAUUGAUUCCAUACAGAGUGCUCACAUUGGAUAUCUUUCAGAAGCUGAAUUCAACAUUGGACCCUCUCUAAAGCAUACACUUGGCUCACUAGUGAGAUUCUCAUCAGACCUGAUCAACUGGUGCCCCAACUCCGGUCAGGAGGAAAUGAUCCGGGUGAUGUUCCCGCUGAUCCUGGAUGCCUCCAGCGCCCAUGUGGCAGACAUGGCUUCAUCCUCGCUGGAGAAGUUCCUGGGACAGGUGGACAGUGAGGAGUUCAUGGAGAGGCUGUACCGCUACACCUUCAGUGUGUGUAAGGACCUGGUCAUCCAUUACUCAGAGCUCCAGUAUGGUCUGCAGGGAAGUGUUCUCAUGAAUUGUCUCAAGUUCAUGCUCAAUCACAUUGAAAAAGUAGCAGAGAAGAAGGCAUUCGCAUUUGUGUUCUCGAAUGACAUGGAUUUAAUAAACCUGUUGCUGUCCCCCUCCAAAGACCACCUGUCUCCAGAAUUUGCAGGAAGUGUUCUCAAAUUUUUCAACAAGCUUCUAUAUUUAGCUGACAAACAUCCAACAGACAAGAGCUAUGAAGCCUUAUGUUCAUCUUUAUCCCGAAUUGCUGACCCAGACUUUGAUAAAUCAGUUCUACAGAACUGGCUCUCUAAGUUCAUUUUUCCAUCUGAGGACCCAGAAAAUAACACUACACAAAAAGAGAACCGAGGAUUGCUGAGAAACUUCACUCAUUACAUCGUAAAGGAGAAAAGUUCUGUAAGCUCUAAAGUAUCCAAGGCCCUACUGAUGGCCCUGAUUCCCAUGGGGAGGAAGCUUCUGUCUGGACCAAAGGCAGGCAUGUCUGGAUUCCCGGAGCUGAUGAUGGUGAUGCAUACUCUGGCCGGAGCUGGGAAUGGAGCCGGACACCUGGAUCUGUUCCAGGCAGCCACCAGCUGGCUACAAAUCUGCAAGAAAUCCAUUGAGAAGAAAGAGGUACUGGAAGAAAUUGUCGAUAUUGGAAGUUCAAGCAAAGCAGUGCUUGAUUCCCUGUGCUGUAUCUUAUCCUACCUGGGAGAAAUCCUAGGUGCAAUGAAGAAAGUUUCCCAAAGGGGUGGGAGUGGUGUGGACAGUGAGACACAGCCACCUCAACAUGAAGGGGGUGACAGUGACUGGGCGGAGGACAUCACAGCAGAGGAUGAAGACUCGGCCGGAGAGGACUCGGAUGAAGAGUCACUAAACAACAAACUCUGUACUUUCACCAUUACCCAAAAAGAGUUUAUGAACCAACACUGGUACCACUGUCACACCUGUAAGAUGGUGGAUGGAGUGGGGGUGUGUACAGUGUGUGCCAAAGUCUGCCACAAGGACCACGACCUGACCUAUGCCAAGUUUGGCUCCUUCUUCUGUGACUGUGGAGCCAAGGAUGAUGGAAGUUGCAAGGCUCUAGUGAAGAGAGUCCCCCAGAGUGCGAUGGAUUGUAAUGACAGUAUAGUGGGACAGUCCCCGUUUUCUAUGGACACAAUGUUACAGAGCAGUCUCAGGAGAAGGCUCUCCUCCCCAGGUCCAUCAGAGAACACAAAGGCCGACAACAAAGCCAUAGAGCUGGCCAACAAGAACAGGGAACUUCUGGGCAAACAGCUGGAGGGCUGUAGGGAUCUGCUGAUUGGAUAUCUGGACUCAAGUGAGACAGUUGGGGUGGUCCUUGACAUGCUGAAGACAAUCCUUCCCUCUCUGACCGAGAAUUACCUGAAAGUGUCCCCCAUGGGGAGCACACAGCGAGCCCAGAAAGCUCUGUACACUCUGCACAACAGCCCAAAACUCACCCAGCACACUGAUGAGUUGAUGACUGUAACCCUGGGCUCUCAGGAGGGAGCGUUUGAGAAUGUGAGGAUGAACUACAGUGGAGACCAGGGCCAGCAGAUCAGACAGCUGAUCAACUCUCACUACCUGAGGAGGGUUGCCAUGUGUGUGCUGGCCUCCCCACAUGGCAAAAGACAGCAUCUAGCCGUCAGUCAUGAGAAAGGAAAGAUUACCAUUCUACAGCUAUCUGCGCUACUCAAGCAAGCUGACUCCAGUAAAAAGAAACUCACUCUGACGAGACUAGCCUCAGCUCCUAUCCCAUUCACUGUACUGUCAAUCAUGGGAAACCCUUGUAAUGAAGAUUACUUAGCUGUGACUGGUCUAAAGGACUGCCAUGUGUUGACCUUCACAAACUCUGGUCAGGUGUCUGAUCACCUGGUUCUACACCCUACCCUGACCUCGGGGAACUUCAUCAUCAAACCCAUCUGGCUGCCGGGAACUCAGACAGAGCUGGCCAUAGUCACUGCAGACUUUGUCAAGAUAUACAACUUGGGAAUGGAUGCUUUGAGUCCCCAGUACUACUUCUUGCUGCCGAGCGGUAAGAUCCGUGAUGCCACAUUUAUCUGUACUGAGGAGGGCCGUUACAUUGUCCUGAUGGCCUCCAGUGGUUAUAUCUACACUCAAGUGAUGGACGACAGCAGCAGUGCUAAGAAUGGACCAUUCUACAUCACCAAUGUCUUGGAUGUUGAACACUCAGAAUUGAAAGAAGUGAACAAUUUAGUGGCAGGAGGGGGUGUGUCUGUCUACUACUCCCACGCUCUACAGCUGAUUUUCUUCAGUUAUAGCCAGGGAAAGAGUUUUGCUGCCACAGUUUCCAAGGAUCUUUCUAAGACCCCAAUGUUGUUUCCAAUCACCCUCAAAACAAAUGGAACCACCAAGGGGAGUAACUCUACCCAGCCCCUGGUGCAGUGGUCUGAAGUCCCCGGUCACACAGGCCUGAUGUACAGUAUGACCCAGACCUCCAACAACCCAGUUGUUCUUAUGAUUCAACUGGACAGCAUCAUGGUACAGGAAAUCAAAGUUGUCCCAGCCAAGGCCAAGAUUCAAGAUGUUGUAGCUAUACGACACACAGCUUCCAACUCAGAUCAGCAGCACAGAACCACAAUGAUUCUGUUGUGUGAGGAUGGAAGUUUAAGGAUUUACAUGGCCAAUGUGAACACCACAAACUUCUGGCUGUCACCCUAUCUCCAACCCCAGAGUCCUAUUGCUGUCCUCAAGCCAGUCAAGAAAAAGAGAUCCACCAAAUCAGGCAUACCCACUGGAUCUGUAUCUUUUCCCAUUGACUUUUUUGAGCACUGCCAGCAGACCAAUGACAUUGAGUUUGGUGGAAAUGAUUUGCUGCAGAUUUAUAAUGCUCAACAAAUAAAGCACAGAUUAAAUACAAUUGGAAUGUAUGUUGCAAGCACAAAGCCUUUUGGAUUCACUGUGGAGAUCACAAACACCAACUCGGCCAAUGUCAUGUUGGGAUGUAGAGUGUUGGUGGGAACUCAGAGCAUAGAGAGAGCCCCUUCCUACAUAGAGGUCUUUGGAAGAACCACACAGGUCAAAGUGACUCGAGCCAGAUGGUUUGAUUUACCCUUCACUAGAGAAGAAUCGUUGACAGCAGACAAGAAAUUCACCAUACACUUUGGAGCCAGUGUAGACCCAGGAGGAGUGACAAUGGUGGACUUCAUUAAGGUGUUUGUGAAGACCAAGGAAUCAUUUGCCUGGCCAGAAGAACCAGACGAAUUCCUGGAAUCCCAGACCCAGAAGUCUUUGACCUCUUCAGGGGGCAUGAACUCGGCAGAUAGUGAGGUGGUUCCCUCGGCCACACCCCUACCCCUGACCUCCGCGGACAGACUGCUGGGUAGUGCACUAGAGGUGCUGGAUGGAGCCUUUGCUGCUUGUCCUAUGGAAGACAAGGGUUUGACUGAAAUGAGAACUGACACUUUGAGCAUUGCUACCAGCCUCCUGAAUCUUCCCAUGCCUGAUAGUGUACAGUCACACACCAAGUCACUGCUGGCCUCUCUGUUCCUGUCCCCACAAACAUAUUACAACCACAAGGACCAGGCAGAGCUGAAGCAUGUAAUGGCCAGUCUGAACAAAGAGAAGCCGCUGGAUGUGGAGGCCUAUCAGAGACUGCUAGUGACUGCCAGGUCUGUGGCUGUGUCCAGACCCAACAACCUGAUCAAGUUUGCCGAGAAGGGAAACAAGGAGGAUGAAGUUCUAGAAGUCACAGAUUUGGAAGACGAGAAGGAGGAAAAAUCAGCACCAUCUAUUGCAAGUUUGUCUGACCUUGAUGCAAAAGAGAAGAACCAUUUUGUGACCCAGUUAAUGGAGGCUUUCUGGGCUCUACACAGUGCUAAACCUGCCAACCCAAUGCUGGCCCCGGUGUGUCUGCCAGGCCUGGCCCAUGUGGAUGCCACAGUGGGAGCACUGGUGGAAAUUAUUCAUGCUUUCACUAUCAAUGACUUUGACAAUGUUGCCCUAUCUACCAAGCUGUAUGUGAAGAUGUUGCUCUGUCCUGACCAGCAGGUCAGCUUCUCCUGUAAGCAGGCCAUGAUUCGAUGUCUGAGACCCAGGCACAGGCGAAGGAGAGUUUUUAUUCCCUCUCCCCCCAGGUGUAGUUCACCAGGUGGUGGAGCAGAGGAUGAUGACAACGAUGAUGAUGAUGACGACGAUGAUGAGGAUGAUGACAAGGGAAAUAAACCUGUACAAAAUGUGGUAGAGCAGGUGCCCCCUCCUCACUCUGUGGAAAUUGAGGAACACAAUGACGCUGAUGAUGCAGAUGAACAGUUUGAAGUUGUGGAACAUGACCAUGAGGAGCCAAUGGUACUUGAGCCAGGUGACCCAGAGCCAGAAGAUGUGGGUCGCUCACCUUUAGAAGCCCUGCUGGCCAGUCGUAACUUCCCCAUGGUCGACAUCCCACCUGAUGCUGAUGAUGAAACAAUGGUGGAGCUGGCUAUUGCUCUCAGCCUGCAGGAUCAGCCAGGAAAUAGUAACUCCCUUGGACUACAGGGACUUGGACUAAACAAUGUGCAGUCGGCCCUACAGAAUGCAAUUUCUAUUGAGGAGGGGCCCAUGUCUGAUACUACAGCCUCAGCCCCAGGCAGUGAUGAUGAGAUGGGAAGUAAUGCCGCCACCGACGGAUCCACCCUACGCACCUCUCCAGCAGAGCAUGCUGGGAGUGCAGGCUCAGAGAGUGGAGGAAGUGCCAUAGAAUCAAUUGUGAGUGGGCGUAGCAGUGCGUAUGGAGACAGGGACAGAGAGAGUAACACAUUUGGACCGCGAAGUGAGACCAGCAGUUUGGGCAUGCCCAGUGGCUCCCUUCAUCAUGAAGUGGACUGCACAGAUGUAGACGCCGACUAUGAUGCCUCGGUCAGGUUGCAUAGCUUGCGAUUGAUGAUACUGGAGAGACUUUUGCAGUAUCUUCCUGAGAUGAGAAAUGUUGGGGGUGUUAGAGUGAUUCCCUACAUGCAGGUAUUACUGAUGCUGACAUCAGAUCUGGACAGUGAUGAAGAAAAAGACAAAGGAGCCUUGGAUGCCUUGCUGACAGCCAUUAUUAAGGAGUUGGACCUGGCUGGAAAAGAUUUGGAGCAGAUUGCCUGUAGAAACCAGUGCUAUGAAGUCAAGCUUGUUCUACUCAGACUCCUCAGUGUGCUGUUGUCAAGGACCAAGACAGGAAAUAAACUGGCAGGGGAGUCGUCCUCCUCCUUUGUUAGCAAUGCCACCGCCGCAGCUCUGAUAUCUAGUGGAGCCAUCCCUUUCUGUCUGACCAUCCUGAAGAACCUGCUGCCAUUCUGGAAACAGUAUUCUGUGACAGAGGAGGAGGGUAGUGCAGUAACUGGUCAGUUAUUGAAGCCCCACCCCACAUCCCCACCCCCAGACAUGUCACCGUUCUUCCUGCGACAGUAUGUUAAAGGACAUGCCAAUGAUGUAUUUGAAGAUUACCCGCAGAUGCUGACUGAGAUGGUUCUGAGACUUCCCUAUCAGUUGAAGAAGAUUUCAGAAGGUGUUUCAAGUGUUCCUUCUGCAGCUUUUGAUAAAUAUUGGAAUACUAUUCUGUCUGAGUAUAUGAUGACACAACAGACACCAUACUUUAGACGAACAGUCAGGAAGCUGCUGCUGUUUAUCAGUGGAACCAAGGAGAAGUACAGACAGUUGAGGGACCUCCAUGCUGUGGAGUCCCAUCUACAGACCGUCACAGAGCUGUGUAAGGAGGGAGGCCUGGACAUCAACGAAGCUGAGGUCACCCCCGCCCCCAUUGUACUCAACUAUGACACCCUCCUCAAUAUCAUUGAGCACCUGAAAUUCUGUAGUGACACAGCCUCUAGCAGACCAGUCAAUUGGCAACUCUAUUGUCGAGAUAACCAAAAUGUGAUGAUAUUUCUGGUGAGGGCCAGUAUUCUGCUGAAUGAGGGUGUGGCCCCUACCCUGCUCCAGUUGCUGCAGAGUGCUCUGUGUGGAAGUAAAUCUGAGGAUGGGAGUAAUGGAGGGAAAUCUAGCAUCACAGGCUCCCCAGGAAAACCCAAGAAAGAUAAAGACAAGGACAAGAAUGAUCAAGAUUCAGAUGAUGGUCAGAAACACGACGAGGCUCUGUGUCUGAGCUUGGUCCAGCUACUGAUGAAGAUCCUUGACAGAGAGCUUCUUGUGAAGUUUGUGAGGACCUUCCUACUGGAGUCUAACUCCACCAGUAUCCGCUGGCAGGCCCACAGCCUGUUACACAGCAUCUACAGGAACUCCAGCCUGUCCGACCAGGAGAGACUGCUGGACCUGUUGUGGGAUCUGUGGAAAGAGCUUCCCCAGCACGGCCGCAAGGCUUCUCAGUUUGUAGAUCUCCUGGGAUACUUCCUGCUGAAAACUCCUCAGACCUCUGAGAAAAAGACCAAAGAAUACCUGGAUAAAGCAGUAGCUGUGUUGAGACAAGAAAACCAGGUCCUUUCUAACCACCCCAAUGCCCAGAUCUAUAACAUGUUACAAGGGCUGGUUGACUUUGAUGGCUACUACUUGGAGAGUGAUCCCUGCCUAGUAUGCAACAAUCCUGAAGUCCCUUAUGCUAACCUGAAGCUGUCCUCUAUCAAAGUGGACUCCAAGUUCACCACCACCACUCAGAUAGUGAAGCUGGUGGGUAGCCACACCAUCUCGAAGAUCACCCUCAGGAUCAGUGACCUCAAGAGGACCAAGAUGGUGCGUGUCCUCAACAUCUACUACAACAACAGGACAGUGCAGGCCGUGGUGGAGCUCAAGAACAAACCUGGACUUUGGCACAAGGCCAGAAAGAUGACCUUGACCACUGGACAAACAGAUGUGAAGGUUGAGUUCCCGAUCCCUAUUGUUGCCUGUAACCUGAUGAUAGAGUAUGCUGACUUCUAUGAUAAUCUCCAGGCCACGGCGGAGACACUGCAAUGCCCCCGCUGUAGUGCCUCAGUGCCAGCUAACCCAGGAGUGUGUGGCAACUGUGGAGAAAAUGUGUUCCAGUGUCACAAGUGCAGAGCUAUUAACUAUGAUGAGAAAGACCCUUUCCUCUGCAAUGCUUGUGGGUUCUGUAAAUAUGCCAAGUUUGACUUCACUCUGACUGCCAAGCCCUGUUGUGCUGUUGAUCCCAUUGAAAAUGAAGAGGACAGAAAGAAGGCUAUUGGCACCAUUAAUGCCCUAUUGGAAAAAGCUGACAGGAUUUACAGAAAUCUGCAGCAGCACAGACCACAGCUGGAAAAAUUGUUGAUUCAAGUGAAGGAACACGGCUCUGAUAGGGAGGAGGGACUGAGUGCUGGUGGUGCCAACAGUGGUGCUGUACCAGGCAGUAGUGUCAACAAGUCCAUACAACAACUAGCCCUCAAAUACUGCAAUGAGUGUAAAUCCUCAUUUGAUGAACUCAGCAAGAUCAUUCAGAAAGUGAUGGCCUGUCGUAAAGAGUUGGUGGAGUAUGACAGCCAACAACAGGAGGCGGUUGCUGCUGCUAGCCGCGUCUCCCCUGUCACAAGUCCGCGUGACAUCACAGAGUCGCCCCUAAAAGCCCGCAAAGUUCCUAGCUGUGCCAAACCUGUUGGAAAGGACAGUAAUAGAAGCAGUAACUGUUAUGGAUGUGCCAGCUCUGCAGUGGAGCACUGCAUCACCCUGCUGAGAGCCCUAGUCACCAACACUAACCUCCGACAUAUACUCUGUAGUCAGGGCAUGAUCAAGGAGCUGAUAGACUUUAACUUGAGGCACGGUACACUGCAAGUCAGGAUAGCUGUCCUCUCACUGCUGUGUAUGCUGACUAAAGACAACCGUAAAGGAACCGAGGAAAUGAACAACCUGAUCAUGACAAGGAUAGCUGGUGCUCUAAAGGGGCACCUGUCUAACCCAGACCUGGGAUCAUCUGUGAGAAAUGAGAUAAUGCUGUUAGCCACUUCCCUGGAACAAGAGGACAGUUGUUGGGAACAAAGAGUCAGAUGUGUGAUGAGAUUGUUCCUGAUGGGAAUGCAAAUGAAGCAGCCAGUAAUUAUGGACACUAUCAGACUACCUUGCUUGAGGAUUCUACAACAACUUGUAAAACCUGAUGGAGGAUCCUCAAAGAAGGACAAGCAGAACCAGGAGGUAACUGUCCCCUUAAAGUACAUGUCUGCUGACCUACAUGUGAACAGCAAGGCCUGGCUAGCGGGCGACCCUAAGCACUCGUUCCAGGCCUGGCAGAGGAGACUCCCAAGAAGAGGAGCCACUGAAUCCACUGAAAACAAAUCUGAGAAGAAGGACAGCAAGAAAGAAGUGAGAGCUUUGUACUUAAUGGAGAAAUAUGGCACCAGGUGGAGAGAGAAGAUGUGGAAGACUCCACCUAUCCACCUGAAGCUGACCCAAACCACCUGGCUACAGCAGGCCAUGUUCACACCAUCUUCACGCUCUGCCAGACAGAUGGCUUGUAGUAUCAUCGAGUCAAUUUCCCAAAUACCAUCCCGUAAAAAGGAGAUUAUUGACAUGCUUACUAGAUGCCUGGAUGAAAUCUGCAAAAGUGGGGAGAAUGCAACAGAAUUCUUGUCUCUGUUCAAACGGAUGAUCAGUCAGCCCCACUGGAAGUGUUACCUGUCCAUCAAGGGGGUACUGCUACGCCUGGGAGACCUCAUCAACAAGGAGGUGGAACAACUGCAGUAUUUGGAGGAGACCACCCUCAGCUCAGACCUGGCUCAGGGAUUCACUCUAAAAGCUCUGACAGAGUUGGUAUCCCUGUUUGUGGAACAAGACGUGAUCAAACAUUACUACAAGAACAAGUUGGUGGGGUACGUGUUGAAUGGAUACCUGUCGCUUCGGAAGCUGGUGGUACAGAGAACCAAGCUGAUAGACGACUCCCAGGACAAGCUUCUGGAACUGCUGGAGGAACUCACCACAGGCACUGAAUCAGAGACCAAGGAGUUCAUGCAGGUGUGUGUCCAGACCGUCAACAAGUACCCAGGUGAUGACUACAGAUCUCCAGUCUUCAUCUUUGAGAGGCUGUGCAGCAUCAUUUUCCCUGAGGAGAAUGACAUAGGGGAGUUUUUGAUGAUUCUUGAGAAGGACCCUCAACAGGAGGACUUCCUGCAGGGGAGAAUGCUGGGUAAUCCUUACAGCUCCAACGAACCAGGACUAGGACCUCUGAUGAGGGAUGUCAAAAACAAAAUCUGUCAAGAUUGUGAGUUGGUUGCUUUGCUGGAAGAUGACACAGGAAUGGAACUAUUAGUGAACAAGAAAAUUAUAAGCUUGGACUUGCCAGUGAAUGAGGUCUACAAGAAGAUCUGGGCUCCAGAGCACGGGGAGGGUGAGCCUAUGCCCAUCAUCUACAGGAUGAGGGGACUGUUAGGAGACGCUACUGAAGACAUGGUCAACUCACUGGAAUCCAACUCAGAGGAAGACGUUGAUAAGGAAGAAGUCUACAAAAUGGCUUCUGUGUUAGCGGAAGGGGAUGGCCUCAAAGUCAUGUUAACAAGAUUGGCGACCAUUAAGGACCUAGUCUUGGGCAGACAGCUGAUGACAGUGCUACUGAAGCUGUUUGGCUUCGUGGUCAAUGUGAAGGCUUGUAGACAGGAGCUGAUAAAGACGGAGAUGAACACUGUUAACGUGAUGCUGGGGGCCCUGAACCUGGCCCUGUGGGCGGAGCAGGAGAGUGGUACCAGCACCAAGGGCCAGACCAUCACUGAGCAGAUCCUACACAUCAUGGAGGUCAUUCUGUUGGAGGCCAGCAGUCAGGACCCAGAGAUCUACACUAAUUUUUCCAAGUUGUGUGGCAACAAGGAUCAGUUGUUGAUGUUGCUAGACAGGAUUAACAGUCCUUUUGUGAGAUCCAAUCCCAGUGUCCUACAGGGAUUAAUGAGGUUGAUCCCGUUCUUGGCGUUUGGAGAGGAGGAUAAAAUGUUGGUCCUUCUGAACCACUUCAAGCCUUAUCUGGACUUUACCAAAUUUGAUUUGGAACAUACUCAAGAUGAGACACUUCAUCUUGACUGCUUUUGUGAGGUUGCUAGUGGAAUUGAGAGUAAUGCAAAUGGAAUCAGACUGAAGAAUAUGAUCGCUGACCAUGGCAUCACAAAAAUGGCCGUAGAUUACAUCCUGCUUAAUUCCCCCAAAGUGAAAACUCUUCUUCCGACUGACACAGAGAACUGGAAGGACUUUAUACAGAAGCCUGCUCUGAGCUACGUGCUGCGACUUCUGACCGGGCUCAGUCAGGGCCAUCCCCCCACCCAGCUGUUGAUCGGGGCGGAGUGUAUCCCCAUCCUCCACAAGCUGGAGCAGGCCUCCUCAGACAAACACAUAGGGACGAUGGCUGAGAACCUACUGGAGGCACUCAAAAAGAACCCAGAAGUGUCCGCCAAGAUUGAGGAUUUCAGAAAACAAACUAAAGCUGAGAAGAAAAGAUUGGCCAUGGCUAAAAGGAAGAAACAGCUGGGGGCUUUAGGAAUGAAGACCAAUGAGAAGGGGCAGGUAACUGUGGAAAGCUCAGUUCUGAAACAGAUAGAAGACUUGAAGGAAGAGACUGGUUUAACCUGUUGUAUAUGUAGGGAGGGAUAUCGCUACCAACCUCAAAAAGUUCUUGCAGUAUACACUUUCUCUAAGAGACUGUACCUGGAUGACUUUGAGAACAAGCCAAGGAAAUCUGUAGGAUAUUCUACUGUGUCUCAUUUCAAUAUCAUCCAUGUGGACUGUCAUACAGCCGCUGUCAGACAUGCCAGGGGAAGGGAGGAGUGGGAAAGUGCUGCCCUCCAGAACGCCAACACUAAGUGUAAUGGACUGUUACCCCUGUGGGGGCCUCAUGUUCAGGAGUCCGCUUUUGCUACCUGUUUGGCAAGACAUAACACCUAUCUACAGGAGUGCACUGGAGUGAGAGACCCAAGUUAUCCCUACAAUGUUCAUGAUGUGAAGCUGCUGGUGCUCAAGUUUGCACAGGAGAAGUCGUUCAGUGAGGACAGUGGUGGGGGAGGCCGCCAGAGUAACAUGCACCUCUUGCCCUACAUCAUGCACAUGGCGCUCUAUGUGAUCAACACAACAAGGUCUGUUACCAGAGAGGAGAAGAACUUGGGGAAUUUCUUAGAUGCUACCAAAGACAAGUGGAUUGAAAAUUGCUAUGAGACAGAGGGUCCUCUCUACUGGACCACCAUGGCUCUCCACAUCCUGUCUCCAGCCAAGUGGAAAGAAAGGCGUGUGAAACUGUUGGACCGGUGCAUGGUGCUGGCUCAGACUCGACAUGUCACCCCCGGAGGAACAAAAACGCUAGCAGACAAAGCUGUUAAGGAAUACAGUGUGUACAAACCUUACCUUGUGUUCUUUGGAAUCAUCAAUGAAGUCUACCAGAAAGUCUUCAAGAAGGUAUCAGUGAAUGGGGACAACAGCUGGAGCUCGGCGGUGGCCGACUACAUCCGUCACAAUGACAAGGCCCUGAUCGAGGCCUGUGACAGGGUGCUGGCUGCCUACCAGGACGAAAUGCUGCCCUGCGAGUCCUUCUCCGAGUUCUGUGAUGUUGUUGGACUUCUGGAAGAAAUUCCUGACCCAGAUUCCUAUCUUACAGACCUAUUCGCUUCUUUACCUUAGAACCUUCAAGUGAUACUUUGAUCCUAACGACAUGAGUGUGCUUUUGCUGUGAAAUAUUGUGGAUUAUUAUUGGAGGCAAUUGAACAUUUUAAGUAUCUAUAACUAAGCUGCGUCAUUGGUUUUCUGUAAUUGUGAUCUAAAAGAUGAAUUUUUUAAGCAACAAAUUACAAUCAUGUGAAUUAUUGUCUAAUCCAGAUGAACACUAUAUAUAACAUCCAGGACACAUACAAAUAUAUUACACAAAUUUUGAGCACCAAGAAUUUUUGAAAUAUUGACAAUAAUGUGUCGCUUUUUUUUAAUGUUACAAGAUAUCUGUUUAUCGAAAAUUGUUGUAAUUUGAAAGACUGGCACAAUAUUUCCUGUAGCUUUAUCUUUAUGCUUAAAUAGCAUGUAGCGGUUUUUCAACAAAAUGAUUUUAUUUGAUGAAGAAAUUUUAUUUAUUUUGCUUCAGUUAUAUUUUCUCUAAUCAUAUGAAAUGGAUGAGAUACACAAAAACGUCUUUGAAUUCCUUCAAAGCUCUUUAAUCAUUAGUUCAAGCAAUUGAAUAAAUCUCAAAAUUUGCUUUUAAUAGUCAGGACAUUGAAGACACAACAUCUCUGACUACACUUUAUCCCAGCUUCUCUUCUCUGCCACUUUUCCAUCCAUAUUUCAAAUUUCUUAAAUAAGGUUACCUCAUUAUAUAAAUUUUAAUCAUUUACUUGCAAGGAAAUAAAGUCCAGGAUAUCUGUUUUGAAACACCCCUCUAUUUUGUCUGAUUAAACACUAUAAAAUAUGGGUUUUGCAUUGCAAACAUGAAAAUACCUGGUUUAUUAUUUUUCAUGUUUGUCGAUUAUUGAAAAACUGUGCAAGCUGUUUCGUUAAUUUCUGGAUGGGUCAGAUAUCCAGAAAUUAAAAAUAAUGUCAUUUAAUAAAUAAAUGCCAUUUAAGUCCCCAAAGAAAUUUUUCAUUCUUAUCAAUUUGUCUUAGCAAAAUAGGGUCAAGUCUUAAAGAAAUUUUCCAUAUUUUUUUCUCCCUUUAUCAAGUUAGAUUGCUCUUCUGUGGAUUGAUAACAUUGGACAGAAUAUAAAAUGUACUUGCAUGAAAGUAAAUGCUCUGUAUUGUAUGCCUCCUAUUGUAUUUCUAUCAAUAAAUGUCGUUUUAAAGCUG